UCCACCACACGCCUCACUCGCGGCUCACCACAGUGAACCCCACCCUUCGCCCUUGUCCAGUCUCACAGACCCCGCAAGGUGUGUGCCCGCCCGCAGGAUGCAGCAGCGCCGACAGACCGAGGACGCGAGCGGAAGCGGUGGGAUGCCGCGACGUUCGCUGAUGAUGCCGUUCCUGGCCCAGCCAGGAGACCCCUUUCAUCAGACGCCACAUCCACAGCCGCAGGCGGCAAGCUUUCCGCAGUACCCGCUCCCGAUGGAGCCCUCUAUGCGGAGCUACCAGCACCAGCAGCUGACGCAGCAGAUGCCACCAGAGAGACACUACUGGCAGCCUCCAACAGGGAUGGACGCGUCGAGCUACGCAAAACAGAGACGCCACGGUGACAGCAUGGACUUGGGGGAGUUUGGAGGCAUGCUGGACCCCGACACCGCCCCGGGAGUCAACGAAAGCGCGACGUCCGGCCGAACACCGUCUGACGCAGUGUCCGAGAUAAGCGUGGCGAGUUUUGACGUGAACUCACUCCACGACAGCAUGACUGGGUCAGCUAGUGCCUCAACUGAGGACACAGGCGGGUUCCAGCCGCCUGUAACGACGACCUCGAUGCAUUCUGGGCCACCAACUACGCCACCAAAGCCAAAGCAGGCUCGUUUAACGACGAACAGGAAGUCAACAGCAAGCACUCGACCUUCGUCCGAUGUAGCCACCAAAGCUCUGGUAGACGCCGCGUACGCACAAUUGAACGAGUCUAGUGUACUCGAUUUGAAGGCUGACGAACUCUCCAAAGACAGAAGUGAGAGGUGCCAGUUUCCCGACUGUCCGAAUCGGGCACGGGUGUCUCAGUCGUACGGAAAAUUCUGCAAUCGACACGUGAUUGUUGCACCCUGUGGCUUUCCUGGUUGUCGGGACAAAGCGAUGGAUAGAGCUGCGAUGUGCGCUAAGCACUUGGAACAGGGCAAGGAGGCACUACAGGAGAUCUUGAAAGCACGCUCGCAGAACGUGCCUGUAUGCAAAACAUCCGGGUGCUUUAAGAACGAUCAAGGGCGUGGUUACUGCCGUGGUCAUGAGAAAUUGCUGAUGGCUACUGGACGCCUACCUCCGCACGUCAACAAGCGCCGCCUCAACAGUGCGUACACCAUGUGCAGCUACCCAGACUGUCCCAAGCAUUCUCAGCGAAAUCACUUGUGCCGCACGCAUGGGAAUCUUAUCAUAAAGCAAGCUCAAGAGUUGGCAGAUCGACCGGGAGCCACUGAAAGCUACGAGGAAGUUUUAGCCAGAAUGCAGAAAGAAAUACGUCGCUGCACACACGAAAAUUGCUCGAAAAAUUCCCAGCGAGACCGACUGUGCACGACGCAUUAUUUCGAGAAACAUCAUCUGCAAAAGGAAUCGUCAACGUCGGCUUCAUCAACGAAACGAAAAGCCGAUUCAGGUAAACCAAAAAGGGCGAAAAGUAAAAACGACAGUGAUGUUCGAGCUGUUAAGGACACUGGCUGCGGAAAGCCCGGCUGUGGGAAUCUAUCGUAUUCUGCAGGAUUGUGUGUGGAACAUACCAGGGAACUCCAGAAUCUGAGUCAGAACCAAAAUCGCUAUGGAGAUCCGUUCCCGUCUGGAGAGAGUAGUGGCAUCUUUUCGGGUGACGUGGAUAGUGAAGCAAAGCCGGGAGUAUUUGGUUUGAACGAAAAGCCUCUAGCUGUUGAUGCCCCCCAACCAUCGGAUAUGUCAUCGACGGAGUUGGCAGAAGCAGCAGCAGUCGCUGCAGCAGCAGCCGAUGCUAAACACGCAAGCCCACCUACCUCUGGUAAAGCCCGAAAGUAUUACUGCAGAGCUGAUGGGUGCGGCAAGCAGGCUCAUAGACAAAAUCUGUGCAAGCGUCACUAUCGUCUGCAAGAGGGAAUUUCUGCUGGCAAGUUGCAGCCCGAUGCUUCAUCGGGUGGCCCGUUGAGCAACUACAUGCCAGGCGUACAGCAGAUGGGGUUUGAGCAGCCAACUAUCAGUUGCCAAUUCCCAAGUUGCUCACAAAUCGCGUGUGGUGGAACUAUGUUGUGCUUGGCCCACUCUAAAGCCACUUUUUGUUGGCAACCAGGAUGCGAAAAUCUGGUGGGGUAUCAACAGUUCUGCGAGUUCCACGCGUUUCGUCAGCAAUGUGCAUUCGAAGGUUGCAUGUACAGUGCUGAGUCAAAUUACAGUGGCUGUGCGAACCACAUGGUGGCUCGAAAAUGUCGCCACGACUUCUGCGAUAAGUUUGCUGUGGGGUCAGACAGCGACUGGUGCCGCUUGCACCAGAUAAGUUGCCAAAAUGCUCCCUGUGUGCUAUGCAAGUUGCAUGCGCUACCUCUGAGUUUUCAAACCUUCCCCAGCUUCAAGCUCGUCACCAGUCGACGCAGUCAUCGUCUCGCUGCUGCGAUGGAGCGCAUCUAUUCGGCCUUCUUUACAUUGGAGCGGCGCCGUGAGUCGCCGAAACUCACGGCCGCGGUACUCGAGCUACACAACGAAACGCAGAAGUCGCAGAGACAGCCGCCAUUUAUGCGUCCUGGAGGUGACGGCGUUAGUCGACGCCCUGAUACUGAGAACGAAUCACUCCAUGAGGCCAAACGACAUGCAUCUGCGAGACGGCAGGAUAUGCAAAAUAUGGUGAUGAGCUGGACUAGCGUCAAGAAAGAUCUAGAGGCGGCGUGUCAAGCGGCGGCCAGAGCUUUCCUGCUCGCCUAUGGAGCCAAAGCCUUCACUGCCGUACUACUAGCCUCGAGGAAAUGGAGCAGUCUAGAGUACGGCUAUGCCGAUGCGGCCAGAUUGCUAUUAAAGGGAGACACGCUUCGCUUCGGGGCCUUCUUCGGCAGCUUGGUGGGGAUUUUUCGAGUCACUGAACUCGCGGCACGAGCAGCUCGAGGCGGUGAAAGAGAUGCCGUCAAUUUGGCUAUUGCUGGCGCGGUGUCCGGUUCAGCCUUACUGUUGGAUUCACCGUCGAGACGCAGCACCAUUUCGCUGUACAUUUUUGUGCGCAUGUUGGACGUGGGUUAUUACCAUUGGAUUUGUCGAAUUGGUGCCGUGAACCAUCACGGGCUGGAAUACACCAUUCGUCAACGCAUGCGUGGCCAGCUUGACACUCAUGGAAACCCGCUUCCAUUCCGCCUGUGCCAACCACACUACCACAUACGGCGGUUAAACUUGUCGUUUGCACCGCCCGCAAUGCUUUCCAUCGAGAUCUUGCCGCAACAUCGCUGGCUGCUGGUGUACGUAUACUUCUGA